GUAUAAUUUUGGGUACGUAUGGCUAUAAGGAUUUCCUUUAUUAUUGAAAAUAAAAGAAAGGAUCGACCUUGCAUGGAAUCCCUACACAACAAUCUUAUGAAAUUAUUGAGUGUAAUCAUUCCAAGUGUGAAGUUCUAAACCUGUAAAUUGGAAUCCCUUUCUAGUUCGAGUUAAAAAAAAAACACAGUUUAAACGCGGUCACAUGUGGCCCCGUCGACACGUCACAACUACUUUUCCGAACAAAAAAAAGAAGAAUUGUCUCCCAAAAAUCGGGGCUUCUUUAUAAUAAUCCCCAAACACGCCUCUCCCCAUCUUCUUCUCUCUUUCUUUCCUUCCCAUCUCCGCCUGAAAUUCCAAUUCCUCAUUUCCACCCAAUUUCUCUCUCGUUCUCCUCUCUCUCUCUCCUGCCGCCGGCGUCAGCUUUGAUUCGCUCGGCGAUUUCAGUUCGCGUCGAUCUCCUUGCGCCGCCGCCAUCAUGAAUCCUGAAUACGAUUACUUGUUCAAGCUUCUGCUUAUUGGAGAUUCUGGUGUCGGGAAAUCGUGUCUGCUUCUGCGAUUUGCUGAUGACUCUUACCUGGACAGCUACAUCAGUACCAUCGGAGUUGACUUCAAAAUUCGCACCGUGGAGCAAGAUGGGAAAACCAUUAAACUGCAAAUUUGGGACACAGCAGGGCAAGAACGAUUUAGGACAAUCACGAGUAGUUACUACAGGGGUGCGCAUGGCAUCAUUGUUGUUUAUGAUGUCACCGACCAAGAGAGUUUCAACAACGUAAAGCAGUGGUUGAAUGAAAUUGAUCGAUAUGCUAGUGAAAAUGUGAACAAGCUUCUAGUGGGGAACAAGAGUGAUCUGACAGCCAACAAGGUUGUUUCAUAUGAAACAGCGAAGGCAUUCGCUGAUGAAAUUGGGAUACCGUUCAUGGAGACAAGUGCCAAGAACGCCUCCAAUGUAGAGGAUGCUUUCAUGGCGAUGGCUGCUGCAAUCAAGACCAGGAUGGCUAGCCAACCUGCAUCAAACACGGCCAGGCCACCAACCGUCCAAAUCCGUGGCCAACCUGUUAACCAGAAGUCAGGCUGCUGCUCUUCUUGAGAAGCUAGAACCACAGGCAUUCUGUUCGUGACGUUUAAUCUCUUGUUCUAUCCCUGUGUGGCAUGCGAAACUUAGUUCUCUCUAUUCUUAACGCUUUUGAUAUGAAAGAAGCAAUUACUCUGUUUGUUCUCUGUUUUCACCUUCCUUAUUUUUCCUCGUCCUUUCUGUUUAAAACUUUGAUUCUCUGAUUGUAAUUUGAAUUCAGGAAGGUUAAAAAAAAAACAUUUGUACAAAUUAGGAAAUACUGUUGAAUAGCAGCUCCGUUAUGUCCUCUUUUGUCUCCCUUGUGUUCCACUCUAUUAUUUUCUACCGUCGCACACUCCAUGGGAAGACAACUUAUCAGCUUGAUUAGAUUAGGGGUUUGUCAUGAAAGCAACCUGUCUUCCAAUAAUUGCGUGGGAGAUUCCCCAAGCUAGAAGACUCUUUAGGCCAAGUCCAAUGCAAAACCCCAAAUUUGGGGGUCUUGAACGCCAAAUUUGGGGAUUGAACCCCAUUUUUCCUUUUUUUGCUCUAAUGCAACAAACUCCAUAUUUGGGGUUCUUAAUAUUUCCAGUUUUUCCAUUUAUUUAAAAAUGUACUUAUCUAAACUUUAAUAUAAUUUAUUCAUGUUA